AUGUGCGGCUCAUAUAAUCCGCAUCGCGGCAAACGCCCGCGCGGAGCACCACCGAGACGACCACAUGGCCAAGAUCAAGACCAACCCACGUUUACCCAGGGCAUGUCCCAAGAUCAGCCCACGUUUACGCAAGGUCAAGCCCAAGGGCAGCCAGCGUUUACCAAGGGCCAGGCACAAUUCCAGCCCACGUUUACCCAUGGUCAACCCCCAGGCCAACCGGUGUAUACCAACUUGCCUGUGCAGCAUGGUACUGGUCUGCCACCCCAACAGUAUGGCUAUGUACCACCUGCCCAGUAUCAGCCGUAUGGCUACUAUCCACCACAGAACCAUAUCCCAUAUGGCUAUCAUGUACCGAACCAUGCCCCUCCUCAGUAUGUUCAAGGUCCAGUGCCUCAAUGGAAUGGUCCGGGACCAAUUGCUGCCCCUCAGCAGUAUGCUGGUCCAGUUUCCCAAACACAGCCGUACGGCCAAAACCCCCAGCCUGGAGGUCAAGCUUCUCCCCAGGAUCCUUCGUAUGUCUUUGGCUCUCAAGAACCACAUGGGUUUGAGACUCGGAUUUCUGACAAUGGUUACAAUCCCAAACGGCCAGGAGGGAAACCCCGAGGUAAGAAACCCGCUCCUCCCGAGGCCUGGGUACCUCUCCACAAGGACGAACUCCGCAAAGUCCUGGAGAGGGACCCGGCCUCAAUUCCCCGACUUCCCGCAGACCGGAACAAGAUUUGGCACCAGCACUGUGGUCAAAUGCAUGCUCCAGAGUUUUGCCGUGGACCCCUUGAUGGAGGCGUCCUGAAUACUUGCGGUCUCUGUGGUGGUGCCUACCACUUGACAGAGACUUGCUUGUAUUGGGAUCUGAUCGAUGAGGACAAGAGAGAUAGCCUGGAGAAUUAUUUGUUUAUUUUUGCCAGACAGAGUCUGGCACCUCUGGCGGCAACGAUAGACAUGAAGGACAGAGGCCAACGUGACUGGAGUCCCCCUCUAUCUCCAUUUGCCGCAGCAAUGUACGAGGAUCUCCAGUUCAAAAGGGAUCAGAAGGCCAGGAGGGGUCCUUAUUACAAGACAUUCAAGUACCAUGCUCUCGCCGACGUGCGUACAGAACUCGAAAGGCUUCCCCCAGCGGACCCCUGUCUGGGCAUAUGGAUCAAUUCAGGCCCACCGCCCAACCAUCAAGCGGCAGGGGCAUUCAAUGAUUAUCUGAAUACAGAUCAUGCCAACAAGUAUAGCCCGAGGUGGACCCUCUUUACCAAUCACCCGGUAGCUCUAGAGGGGAAACGGGUUGUUAGUUUGCCGGAAUGGGUUAUCGGUGUCGAUUCCAUUGUAGAAUCGAACAACAGAAAGAUGAAAAACAAGCGGAGUCUGUCUCCGGAUCAUGUCUCGCAGGGCUCUUCACCCUACACCGGCCGUCCGGCGGACAAAAGAAGGAAGCUCAAUGAGCGCCAGCCCAUCUCUGGACGCCAUAGACACGAAAAGACUAAGCAGGACCUUGACGAAGUCAAGGAGGACUCUGAUCACAGUAUGCUGGACACACCAAAGGUCAAAACCUCACAGAGUCCAGACCCUCUUCACCGAGUCCGGUCUGCUUCACUCACAGGUGGCGCCAAGGUAAAAGUGGAAGACACCUCUUGA